AUGCAGGCUGGUACAGCUGGCACCUGGGCAAUGCUAGUAGGACUGGAGCCAGCCCAACCUGAUUCGCUGGAUACCGGUUACUUUUGGAGUGUCAGCUUUACUGCCAAUCAGACGCGUUGCUUGUUCUUGUCCGGUUGGACCGCCUAUGAGUCAGCGAGUCCUUGGCCACCCUGUCGCGUGGAGCGUGCUUUCCUUCCCACAAACUCAGUGUCCAGUACUCUACUUCCUGAUGUUCUGAUGUUAUCGUUGCCAGGCAAAAAGAAACACCAACCGUCGCACCUUCCACCCUCCAUUCCGCCUCAGAUCUCUGUCUCGCUCUCGCGUACACCUCCUCACCUCGCGGCACAAUGGCAGCUGUAUCCCAUCACCACCAUCGCCGAGAGCAAGGAGCUCAGAGGGCUCAACCUCAUCGCCGCGCAUUCGCACAUUCGUGGCCUCGGCGUCGAGCCAGACACACUCGAACCCAAGGCGUCGUCGCAGGGCCUGGUCGGACAGCAGAAGGCGCGCAAGGCUGCAGCCGUCAUCCUUAAGAUGGCCCAAGAGGGAAAGAUUGCAGGCCGCGCAGUCUUGAUCGCCGGCCCGCCCAGCACGGGCAAGACAGCCAUUGCGAUGGGUAUGGCCCAGUCGCUGGGCGAAGACGUCCCCUUUACCAUGUUGGCCUCAUCUGAGAUCUUCUCUCUGGAAAUGUCCAAGACCGAGGCGCUGACACAAGCUUUUCGCAAGUCCAUUGGUGUACGGAUAACGGAGGAGAGCGAGGUCAUUGAGGGUGAGGUUGUGGAGAUACAAAUAGACCGCAGUGUGACAGGGAGCAACAAGCAGGGAAAGCUGACAAUCAAGACGACCGACAUGGAGACCAUCUACGACAUGGGCACCAAGAUGAUCGAUGCCAUGACCAAAGAGAAGAUCAUGGCCGGCGACAUCAUCUCCAUCGACAAGGCCUCGGGCAAGAUCACGAAACUCGGUCGCUCCUACACACGAUCAAGAGACUACGACGCCAUGGGAAUCGACACCAAGUUUGUCCAAUGCCCAGAGGGCGAGCUUCAGCAACGCCGCGAGGUCGUGCACACCGUCAGCUUACACGAAAUCGAUGUCAUCAAUUCACGGACACAGGGCUUCCUCGCCCUCUUCUCUGGCGACACGGGCGAGAUUCGAAGUGAGGUUCGCGAUCAAAUCAACACCAAGGUUGCAGAGUGGAAAGAGGAGGGCAAGGCUGUUAUCGUGCCUGGGGUACUCUUCAUUGACGAGGUUCACAUGCUCGAUAUUGAGUGUUUUUCCUUCAUCAACCGAGCCCUCGAAGACGAGCUUGCGCCCAUUGUCAUCAUGGCCAGCAACAGGGGGAACACACAGAUUCGAGGAACAGACUACAGGUCGCCUCACGGACUGCCGCUCGACUUCCUGGACCGUGUCGUCAUUGUCAGCACACACCCAUACAACCCCGAAGAGAUGCAGCAGAUCCUUUCGAUACGAGCGCAAGAGGAGGAGGUCGAUGUUACGCCAGAUGCUCUGGCUCUUCUGACCAAGAUUGGCCAGGAGACCGGACUGCGAUAUGCAAGCAAUUUGAUUACUACUUCUGAUCUGAUUCGCAAGAAGAGAGGAGGGCCAGAUGUGACGAUUGAAGACGUACAGCGUAGUUUUGCGCUCUUCUAUGAUCCAACAAGGAGUGUAAAGUUCGUUGCAGACUCUGAGAAACGUCUGAUCGGUGAUGCGGGCAAUGUUUCACUCCAUGUCACCAACGGCGCCGACGCCAUGGAUGUGUCAUAG